AUGUCUCGAGACCAAAUGGCCGAGUCAGAAGCCACCUCUAGUCCAGAGGCUGACACUCCACAAUCCGGAGCAGAAGACGACUCCAAACUCGGAAGCGCGAAAAAGAGAAACAGCAAAUCUAGUAAGCCAAGAUUAACUGCUGUACAAAAGAACACAAACCACAAAGACGCCGAAAACAAAAGGCGGACAGCCAUACGGGACCGUUUUUCUGAGUUGUCCCAACUUGUGCCUGAAGCUGCUGGUCAAGAACGAAGCGAACAGGUCAUGUUAGCAAAAACUAAAGACUAUCUUCAAGCUGCUCUUGAGGAGAUCAGAGAGAUGGAACACAUAGCACAGCAGCAAGGUAUACCAUUACCUGAUGAUGCGAGAUUGAGAGACAGCGAUUAUGGUGGACCGAGAUGGAAACAGCCUCAUCUUGCCAAGUACGAGAAAUCGAAGAACAAGAAGCUGGCGAAAGGCACUAUCGGGGUUCAGGACGAUGCUGAUGGAGAGGCCGAGGAUGAUUAA